CCUACAUUUUAUCUUGCUCAACAAACCCAAAUGUCUAGUUAGCCUGACUUCUAAGUGUGUUAUAAAAGGACUGAGGAUCCUGUGAAAGUCUAAGCAUCAGUGAAAUGUCUCAGGUAAUCCCCUUAUCCUGGAAGAGACAUUGAGAGGUUCUGUUAAGUAUGUGAUCUUUCUAUAUGUGUGGUCAGAUCACAUAUGCCUCACAGUCCAAGAACAGCAGACCAUAAGAACCUAGCUCUGAACCUAGUGUAAUUCUUGAGGAGAAUUAAGAGUAGUGAAGAUGAGACAGUAAAACAGAUGUAUUCUCUCUGCUAGUCAGCCUCUGCACGUGACUUACCCUAAAAAAAGAAAGGAACACCAACAGGUACAUUCUAUUACUAUUGGCCUAUUGAGGUUGGCACAGUGUGAGGAACGCUCUGAUAGGUGAACUUAGAGGGAAUUAAUACGGCUAAAAGAAUUAAUUGAACCAGGCGGCUAAAACAGUUGAGAACAGAGAAGAGCAGAGGAAUAUACCUAGAUGCUCUGGCGGGAUUCCUGUGAUUAACCAUGUUCAGCAAGUUGAAAACGUUGUUAUGGCCCAGUGCAGCAGUAGCUCAAACUCCAGAGCCUCCAGCUACAGCUCCUGCACCGGCACCUGCACCAGCACCUGCUCCUGCCCCGGCUCCUGCUCCUGCCCCGGCUCCCGCACCUCCAGAUAAGGAAGAAAAGCCAGAGAAGGAAAAAGAAGAGGAGAAGAAAGAAGAGCAGAAAAAGGAAGAAGAAAAACCUGCAGAUCCUGCUCCAGCCCCAGCUCCUGCACCUGCCCCUGCACCUGCCCCUGCACCUGCCCCCGAGGCCGCUAAACCCGAGGCUAAGCCAGCAGAUGCAGCUAAUAAUGCAGAGGGAGCUCCAGAGGGUGAAGAGGAGGCUCCACCCCCUCCUCCACCUAUUGUCAUCAACAGGUACUCUGAUGACCAGCUGCGAGAUAUUAUCAAGCGGUUAAGGGACAGAACAAAAAUCUACAAGGAAAAAGCUACGGACCCUUACGCCUCCUCACCAGAGCGCAGCCCUCCAGUCACUCCAGUAUAUCGAAAGGACGACUGGGCAAAAAAGCUGGAAGAAGACAGGAUAAAGAAGGAGGAGGCUGAGAAGAAGAAAAAAGAAGAUGAUGCCAAGAGAGCAGCAGCCAAAAAAGAGAAAGAAGAGAAAGAAAAAAAGGACAAAGAGGAAAAACUGAAGGAGGAGCAGGAAAAGGCAGCAGCAGCAGCUGCAGAGAGAAUGUAUCCAGAAAUCAAAUGUACCUGUAUUGAUGUUCUUCUGAAACCUAUAGAGGACAAAAUGGACAGCUACUUAGGAAAUACCAUCGAUCCCUUCACUGACCGGCGCUACAUUAAAUGGCUGAGUGUGGUGACAGUGGCUUACAACUACAACAUCUGGUUUGCGACGGCACGCUUGUGCUUUCCAUUCCACACUCCAGCGUCCGUUCCUUUCUGGAUAUUUUUUGAUGUCCUUGCAGACAUAGUUAAUAUUAUUGACAUAAUCAUCUUCCAGCCAAGACUACAGUUUGUCAAAGGAGGAGACAUUAUUAAAGACAGAGGGAUGGCAAAGCAGAAAUACAGAGGGUCUGCAAGAUUUAAGUCUGACAUGAUGAGUAUCAUCCCCUUUGAUCUGCUGUCCCUCCAGUUUGGCUUUUCAUCAUUGUUCCGAUUUAACCGGUUCAUGAGGAUAGAUUCAUUCUUUGAGUUCAGUGAUCGACUCGAAAGCAUCAUGGCCAAGGCUUACAUUUGGAGAGUGGCCCGCACGACUGGAUACCUCCUAUAUUGCCUGCACCUCAACUCCUGCCUAUACUAUGUAGCAUCAGCCUAUGAGGGACUUGGCAGUACAAAAUGGACCUAUAAUGGCGAAGGAUCUGCAUACCUGCGAUGUUAUUACUUUGCUACGCGAACAUUGAUCACCAUCGGGGGCCUGCCUGAGCCACACACACUGUUUGAGAUCAUCUUUCAGAUGGUAAACUUCUUUACAGGAGUCUUUGUCUUCUCCAGUUUGAUUGGACAGAUGAGAGAUGUCAUUGGAGCAGCCACUGCAGGACAGACCUACUUCCGAGCCUCUAUGGACUUGUGUGUGGCCUACAUGAACACAUACACAAUUCCCCGACUGGUGCAGACCAGAGUGCGUACCUGGUACAACUACACAUGGGACUCCCAGGGAAUGCUGGAUGAAUCGGAACUUCUGGACAAGAUGCCUCUGGUGAUGAGAACUGCCAUCGCUGUGGACAUCAACCUCGCCACAUUCCAGAAGAUUGAUCUUUUCAAGGGAUGUGAUAAUCAGAUGCUGGUGGACAUGUUGCUGAGACUAAAGUCCAUUGUCUAUCUGCCUGGAGACUUUGUGUGUAAAAAGGGAGAUAUCGGCAGAGAGAUGUACAUCAUCAAGGCCGGGGCGGUGCAGGUGAUUGGCGGGCCUGAUAACAAGAUCGUAUUUGUGACACUCAAGGCAGGCUGUGUGUUUGGAGAGAUCAGUCUCUUGCAGUCAGCAAAAGAUGGAGGGAACAGAAGAACAGCUAAUGUGGCAGCACACGGAUUUGCCAACCUCUUCGUGCUGGAUAAGAAAGACCUCAAUGACAUCCUGGUUCACUACCCAGAGUCACAGAAAGUUCUGGCCAGGAAGGGAAGGAAACUGAUGAAAGCUAAAGGUCCAGCUGCAGCCAAAGCAGAAGAAGAGAAGAAAAAAGGCCUGGCGCUGUUUGGACCCAAACCUCCGACUCCCAAAAUGCUUCGUGCCUUUGCAGGCUUUGGAAAAGGAGGCUUACUGGAAAGACUCAAGGCUUCAGAGAAGAAAUAAAGGCUAAGAGAGACGAUGUGUGCAGAAUGUCACUACAUAAUACCUCUACCAAAACACUGUAGAUGACGACUAAAUGGAAAACUUUUGUUAUAGUCAUAUAUGUAAAAUUGUGACCGUUAAGCACUGUUCAAAUUCUUAGUACAAAUUUUGUGUACAGAUUUUUUUUUCUUUUUUCAUAAA